AUGGACGUCUUCCUGGCACGAGGCUGUGGCACCCUGACCGUUGAACUCGCACCGGGAGUGUACGGGAAGGAACUUUUCCACGCGGGGAAAAGGGUGGCAAAUCACGCUCGCCAUAUGCUGCACUUGAUCAAAUGGCCGGUGCUGAUGACCAACAGGGUCCUACUUGGCAUCGCUGGUCUGUGGUGGGGUGGCAAAGACACCUAUACCUUGCACGCAAGUGACUGCGUUACCGCUCGGUCCGAGCAGUUGGACAGUUGGAAUCCGUCCUCCGACAACAAGAUCGAAAAUCGCAUGAGACCACCAGGAGUCUUCAACACUUGGCUCAGGCACGCGGAAAACUCAGUUCGCGUGUUUGGAUCCUGCUAUGGUACAGAGCAUAUCCAAGAAAGGCUCGAUUGUCUCCAAGCCCUGAAGGAGGCCCAUGAAGAAGACGAGCAUGCCUUCCCAGCUGCCUACUGCAUCGAGCUCUUUGAGGAACUUGUCGCGGCUUGGUGCGAAGAACUGCGAGAAAGCAGAAGGAAACUCUGCUCUCUGCUGGGGACCGAAAAUCCACGGCUUGAAGACCUGAAGCUGCUAGCUUUGGCGCCGGGAGCGGAUGGGCAAGCAAACUUCCAGUUUCCAAGCAUAUGGGAUCUGGGCGACCCGAACGGAUAUUACCAGACAGUUGUGGUACCCAGGCAGCAAAGGCAAAUGUCGAGGCUGCUCCACAAGCAGCUGCACGACCACAACCUCAAGCAGAAGAAGACAGCUGGUCCAGCUGAAGAUGAAGAGCCAAGGACAGGGAAAGCCCCAAAGCUUAACCUGAAAGACAAAGAGGCCGAUGGAUAUGCGGGCGGCAGCAUGAAAUCAGCCUACCCAGCUGGAAAACGGCUUACACAAGGAGAAGCUUCACGGUCCGUGGAGCACGCACCUAAGGAUCCCAAGACCAACAAACCUAUCUGCUGGGAUGCGGCCACACACAUGGGAUGCACAAGAGGCGACAAGUGCCAGCACGCGCACGAGCCUUUGCCGGGAUUGGCCAAACUUGACUACACAGUUGCCAUGCAGGUCAUUCGAAGAGGAGGACUCAAAGGUGGGCCGAAAAUCGAUCCCAAAGAGGUCGACGGAAGGGUCGCUCAGCUGCGAACCCAGGCAGCGGCGGAUAAGGCCGACAAGAUCCAACCUAGCAAGAAAGCGAAAGUCAAGCCCAAGCCAAAGGCCAAAGCUGGGAAGGAAGCUGAGGGUAAAGCUGAAGAAGACAAGGUUGGGAACACCCAGUGGGUCGCACCUGAAGACUAUGAUAUCCCUCUGACCCAUCUCGAGACUGACUUGCAAGAGGCGGUUCAGGGCCCAGAUGAGGGCUGGCUGCGAAUACCCUCACAACCCACUGAGCAAGAAGCCGCUCCGGCUUGGGAUGACCAGAGCCAAGAGGAGCGGGAAAGGCUGAAACGAUGGAAGUCGCUGGAGGAGAAAGGGGUUCUGGCGGCCUUGGAGUCGCCCACGGAUUAUCUCAGGUCCCAUGUGAUUGCACGCAUGAUGGCAGCACAAGAUGAAGGAUAUGAACUGGAGCUGAACCGGUGUCUCGAAGAUGCGGCAGAACAUGGACAUCCCGCGCUCUCUAAGGAAGCCGGACGUCAACUUGAGCUCCUCAAGCACGAGCCAAAAGCGGGUCACCAAGCGGAUGUCGAAUUUACGCCCAUCACAUGGGACGAGGGUAUUGGUCAUGGCCUGUUGAACUUUCAAGGAAACUUGUCGCAUAUCGGCUCAGUCACGGUCCGUGACUACCAGGAUCGCUUGAACGCAAAAGACAGCGAGGUCCCACUGCAAGACGGGCAGUUGGAAGAAGAGCGCCAAUGCCUGCCUCUUCAUGUGGGUGUCGGGUUAGCGUUGGCCGAUGAUCCAUCUGUAGAACUACGAGAGGCCGUAGCCAGAGCCAACCAGUUGAGAAAACAUCUCUGGGAUGAAGCAGUGGAGGCUCACGCACACCUUGGCGAUCCGCCAGCGUGGAUACCUGAGGGCGAGCACUUCUUGCGUCAAAACAAAGACUACCGCGCCUUGCAAACCCUCACAGGAUCCAUGCUGCAAGGAUACACGUUGGCGGUCCUCAGGAUUUCCUAUUUUGGUCGGUUGGAGGUCGACUUGCUCCACGGAGAUGAUGCUGGCAAUGGGAAGCUAGUUUUCGUUACCAUCCACCGGGGGCAUAUGCGCCUGCUUCUUCCACAACAGCCCCAGCAGCUGUUGGAUCACCUGAGGACUGCAGACAAGGUCACCAGGGAACUUCAGGUUAAACAUUGGAGGGUGAUCUUGGACCAGAGCAAAGUGGAGGAUCAGAUGGUUCCAGCCAAGUCCCCCGCCUGCACAAGAUGCCAGCAACAGCAGCAAAGGCCUUAUCGUGUUGGUGAAGGAUUCCCGUUGCCACCGGCUUCAUUUGAGUCCUGCUUGCAGGAUGAUCCACAGGCUCUUCAAAACAGCGGGGUGCCUCUGCGAAAAAGGCUCGCCUUCGCCUAUGGGCCAAUUGGUCAAGAGGUGUACGCUGGAUGGGCAGGAUGGACCAAGGGGCUUCAGUACCAGGGGAUCCCGUGCGGAGAACCCAUUGAAUACUAUGAGGACCCGAUCGAGCAAAAGGGCUUUAAGCCGCAGCAUGAUACCCGUGACCCGAAGGUCCGAGAACGAUUGCUGGGAUUAGCUGGUGCUCCACCAGGGCCCGAUGUCCCCAACACUUGGCAGCUUGGAGUCGUUUGUACUUCCUUCUGCGACCACCAGCUGAAGAACGGUGGCAGCAGGACCUGGCAACGCCCACAAGGCGACGGCACUCGUCCCUCUGAAGUUCAAGGAAAUGAAGACGCAGAGUUCGCAGCCGAACUUUGUACGGUUCUGGCGGACAACGGAAGAGUCUUCGUAUUGGAGAGUAGCGCGCCGUCGGGCCGCUACCCCAAGAUAUGGGACCUGCCUUGUAUGCAGAGGCUCCGCCGCCGCACCGGCGCAAAAAUUGUCUCUAUGGCUAUGUGCGCUUGGGGUCUGGGACCGCCUGAGACGAGGAGGGCCUGUUUCAUCGCAAGCAUUCUUGGUGGCUGGUCUCCCCAGAACUCUACCCAUGGGCCUUGUUAUUCCUUGGUAGGCAGUGCCCAGGAUCCAAUUCCUCAAGUACCUCUCACUCGACUGGCACAGCAAUACGCACCAGCUUUGUGUGCAGCCUGGGGUCUGGUAGUCCGAGCAGCCUUUGAAGAAUGGAGCUGGACAACAUAUCUGCAAGAGCACAGCGUGCUCAAAGCCCUAGAGAAAUGUUGGACCGAACUGGGCGCACCCCCUUGGCCGGCUGAUCCAGCCAAUACUUUGGAGCGAACACUUGGCCAACAUUUGGCACCGGUGGUUGCUGGCCAAGCGGAUGGACCAGGCCUCCCACAUGGCUAUGUUCAGGAUGCGGGCUCCAACAGAUGGUCUACCCUUGUACGUUUUCAAGCUGAGGGGCAGGGCACAAGGGCAGGCAGCGUCGACGACGCCAAUGGCCAAAGCACUGCUGAGAAAUACUUGGAGGUAUGCCAGAGUGCUUACAGCAAGGAGGCAGUGAGAAAAGCCACAGAGGCAGGAAAUGCGUUGUUGAGGGCCGCCGGCUCGGUGCCAAGAGCAGCUGAAUUAGUCAACAAAGCGAGGCUGAGGAAGUAUGGGGAACACUUCCAGAAGGCAAAGGAAGGAGCAUUGAAAGGGCUCAGCCCCCUACACAAGCAAUACUUGAAAGACUGUGUGCUCAAGGGCGUGCCCAGCCGAGCUAAGAGUACCCCCAAGAGAGAGAAGGCCCGAAACCACGGCUCCGUCAGGGGGCACGAGGAAGAGAUGCUGCAGAAGGCAUGGAAAGACGCAUCUUAUGGGGCGGUACUUCUGUGUUCCACAGAGACCGAGGACCAAGAAGAAAAUCGGCAAAUCGACCAGAUACUGACCGAGAGCAAGGUGGCCGAGAGCCCUCUCGGCCGAGUGCCCAAGCAAAACCCCGACAGAACCAUCUCAGCGGAAGGUCGUCCCAUCAACGAUAUGCGAGCCAGGAAUGCUUCGGGCUCCAAAUACGACCACCCACCCGCCGCUCAGCCUAGGCACAGAGCAGUGGUCAGGCAAAGCCUUUGGUGGAGGGUGCGACACCCGAAGGUUCCACAGAGGUGUGCGAAACGCGAUGUGCCAAGGGCUUUCAAGUGGCACUUCCUCAAGCCGGGCGAUGUCCCUGAAUUCUGCACGAGGAUUCUAGGUGUGCUGAUCCUGAGUCUGGUGAUGGUGUUCGGUUGGGUAGGAGCGCCAGGGGAGUUCGUGAUAUGGGCCACCGCAGCCCAAAAGCACCACGGGUCGUUCCGACCAUGCCAUCCUCAAUUCAACGAUGUGGUUCCCUACACCAGCCGAUGGCUGAUAGAUGACGGCGUGGUGGUAGAGCCACUAGUGGGGAAUAGGAUCCAGAGAUCCCUGUCAGCAAUGGAUGCAGCUAUGGUAUCAGUCUGGGGCCCUGGAGCCAUCAAUCUCGACAAGCUCGCCGAAGAAGGCACCCCGGCAAAAUCCCAGCUCCUGUGGGGCCUCCACCUAGACUUUGAAGAACAGGUUGUGGUCCUCCCGGAACCGAAGCGAAUAAAGGCGAAGUAUCUCCUAAGAGAGCCUCAGCUUCAAAGGGGGUGCCAACGAUUUCUACAUCAAGUCAUGGGAAGGUCCAUAGGUGGGGUCAGACAAAGGUUGUCAGCCAUUCGUUAUGCACAUGUUGCGGCAGGAUACCCUGAUCCACUGGUCGGGCGACCUCGGUUGUGGGCAGCGGUUGCGGGUCUACAACGUUGGGAAGGUGCCCCAAAACGAAAGCUCCCUGUUACCCCCAACAUGUUGCGAUGGUUGGUCCAGCACUUGAAAAGUAGCGGUUUAUCAGUUGUCGAUCAAACCAUGAUCAAAGGAGCCCUUCUUACAGGUUGGUUUUUCAUGAUGCGGGCCAGUGAACUCUUGCCCAGUAUCAAUGGAGAAGACCCCAUGAAUAGGGCGCUCCGCCCAGCUGAU